AUGAUGAACGAGUGGGACAGAUCAGCUCUUCAUGAAAGUGGAAAUGACGCGGACGCUGAAAAACUACGAGGAGGUCUUCCAGACGAGAUCGUGGUCGAGACACCCAUCGUUACGUACGGUGAUAUAGCAGGAUUGAAGAAGGCGAAAGACAGCCUCAAGACUGCGGUUUUCAGAUGCCAGCCGACUCUUUUGUACGGUACUGCAGGACCAGGCAUGAGGUGUUUAACCCAAGCGGCAGCCGCAGAAAGCAGAAAUACAUUCUUCUCAGUUAGUUGUAGUGAUCUGCUUAGCAAACCUAUCGACGAAAGUGAACGCUUGCUCAAACAGCUAUUCAAAGUGGCUCAAGAAAACAAGCUGGCAAUCAUUUAUAUCAAUGGAGUUGAUCUCCUGUGUGGCACGAGUGAAGUGGGAGACUCCGAGCCUGCUCGUAGGAUCAGGACUGAAUUGACUUUCCAAAUGGACCCAGCUAAUGUCAUACCUCCGGUGGUUAAUACCUGGCAUAAAAGUCGGCUAGGGAAUAGUAUCCUUGGCGCUUAG